AUGGCUUGGACGCCGGAGGAGGCAGAAUUCCAGGAAGCAGAUGAAAUCCUUUCAGAGCUUCGAAGAAAGGCCGAAACAGGAGACAGUGACUUGCCAUGGGGAGACUGCCUGGAGCGGUCGUGGCAGGACGGUGUUCUACGAGUCACCCGCUCGUACACGUGCGGUUCAUCGCCCGCAACGCCAGAGGUUCUCAUUCAGGAAUUUCCCUACUCGGCCCAUCCGUGCUCGGGUGUUGGGGGUACAGGUGGUCUCGUAUGGCGCGGCGCUUUGGCCUUGGCGGAGCACUUGGGUUCCGAACACCGCGCCUUGGAGGCCCAGGUGAUCCUGGAGAUCGGCGCGGGCUGCGGCUUGGCCGGGCUUGCGGCCGCCGCUCAGCGCCGAGCCGCGCUUGGCCGGGCGGAGAGCGGCUCGAGCGGCUCCGCUGUCCAGGUGGUGCUCACGGAUGGUCCGGAGGCGGUGGUUCAAAACCUGGCUGCAAAUGUGGCGGCCAACCAGGAGAGGCUAAGACCUGUGGAGGUGAGGGCUGCAAAGCUUGUUUGGGAGGACUUUCUGGAGGGGACUGCACCUGCGCCGGUGGAGGCAGUCGAUCUGCUGAUCGGUUCCGACGUGAUUUGGGGUGAUCGUGGCGCCUUGGUGGCAGAAGUGGCUUUGCGCUUGGUGAGACCUGGUGGUGCUUUGGCCAUCAGCGCGCAAAAGGGGCGCGAAGGCUUAGAUGUCUUCCAAGAACUCCUCGGUGCGCCGAAGUCUUCUCCAGCCUUCAGACUGGAGGUGAGGGAGGUGACCUUCCAGGGAGAGGAGUUCCAGAUCUUCAUUGGCCAUCGACAAUGA